UACAAUCUUCCCCAUGGUAAAGUACCCCCUUUUUGAACGCUUUUAUAGCUCACAUGGCGGACAGAUUAGCAAGUGUGUUGGAAACGUACCGCGGACGAGAGAAAAUAAUGCGAUUACUACAAUACGCAAGCUUUUUGGCAAGUGGAGGACUGCAGAAGGUGUCGUGUGAAGCUACUGGUAAAAAGUUUCGAAUUUUCGCUGAAGCUAUGAGCGAGUGUCGAACGGUUCUUCGAUUGUUCGAUGACGCUGCAAUGAUUUCAUUCGCGCGAAGUUAUGGAACAGGAAAGGAGGUAAUAAAGAGAAAAAGAGGGAAAAAGGAAAGAUAUCAAUUACUUUGUUUAAGACAGCAACAGGACCAAAAAGAACCGAAGAAUAAGAAGUGAACCUAAAAUAAUUUUUGCGUUCUUUGAAAAACUUACAAUUUUAUUUCAACAGCUGAGAUUCUUUUGUUACUCUGCCUUAAUUCACAGAAUAACCACGAACUCUAGCUGAUCGGUGUAAACCAACGCCUUAAGAGGAAGCAUAUGUUUAUGCCCCUUCUUUAUAGGCGAGCUGAAUGAGGGAGAUACAUGUACUUUUUUUGUUAUCUUUGCAGGAAAGUGACAAAAUUGUACGCUGGACCAACCUCUUUGAUAUCUUCUGCGGUCUAACUUUUUAUCCCUUGGAACACAUUGCCUGGGCAAGGGACAAAAAAAUACUUCAAGGAAAAUCUGCUAAAUUGUGGGACCUGGGCCUCUACUGUUGGAUAGGAUCACUUACUGCUUGCAUUUUAAGGGACCUGUGGCUUUUAAAAAAGCUUCAACAACAAGAGAGGAAGGCAACAUCCAAGUAAGUUUAAAAAAGUUAGAAGAACCACAUUAAAAUAGUAACUGUUUCUUAAUUACAGCAACAAACAGGCCUUCUGAUAGAUUGCGAUCAAAAAUCAGCAAACAUGUGGCAUUUUUAGGGCAGAUUGUGAUAAGAUAGGAAUAUUAUGCAAUAAAUUAUGCAGUUUUGUCAGGGCUAGUUAACAUUGUUUAACCAGGUUUCAAAGGAGAAAAAUCACUUUAAUGUUGUUUAACAGGCAAUUUGAAUGUAAAAGAAUAAUUUAACAUCUAUUUUAAAACAAUAGUUAAAUUUGCCUAUUAUCUUGUUUAAUAAAAGUUAGAAUUAAUUUUAUUGUUUACUGUACUUGAAUUUAGCAUUUUUUCUUACGAAUUCGGCGAUAUUUCAUGAAGUCUGCUUUGUGAAAUCGCAACAUCACAGAAUAUCGUUGCUGUCAGAGUCUAAAAGGAAAUGAAAUCCUCUUUAAGGAUAAAAUCAAAAGACUGAGAGCACAGAGCCGAAACUUAAGGUUACUAUUCAUGUCAUCCAAAUCCAAACUGUCAAAUUAUAACCUCUAAAAGUCUAAUAAUUAUUAUAAUAUUAUUAUUGUAACACCAAUAAUGAUGACAACAAAAAAGAUUUUUGAGGAAACUAUCUGAACCCCAUUUUUGUGGCUGUUAAAUGAAAACUAUGGUAAGACCAACAAAGUGUUCACAAAUAGUUUCGGAAGUCAAAAAUUAGGUCAGCAAAAAAUUUCUGAUUUAUUUUUUUACAAUUUUAUUUUGCUACAAAGAUUGUUUGGGAAAGUAUGGAUAUUUUCAUGAUUUCCACACAUUGUGAAAAACUGUUGUAUGUGUCAUUGUUUUCAGAAGUCACUCUGAUGAUGGCAGGAUCCUACGCGAAAGUGAAGAAUCUGAUAAUUCUGCUGUAACUGGACAUAAACAAAUCAAAUACUUACAAAGGCAACUGAUUAUUUCUGUUAUUGGGUUUACGGCUGACCUAACCAUGGCAAUCAACUGGGCACCACCUGGAAUUUUGUGGUCACAAAAACUUUCAAUAGGAACAGUUGGAUUUCUUGGAACAAUCUCUUCUUUGUGUGAGCUGUACAAGUACUUUAAUCGCAUAAUAUCUUAACCAAACGUGCAAGGUUGAUGGACUAUUAUUGUCACACAUUGGUAAACUUACAGUUAUCUAUUAUAGGCGAUGUGUAGAUUUACAUGUUACAUUGGAAAUAGUAGGGCACUAGAGUGCUAUUAUUGCACAGCUAAUUUUAUCUCAACUAAACUGUCACUCUAGAGUCAAGGGAAUAAAGGCUAGGCUCAUUUCAAAAGAAGAAGCAAUCCAAAAUAUAUAUUAUUUUUGUGCAAGGUUGACUUCAGAAAUGUUUCAUAAAAAUUCAUGGCUUAUUGGUACAGAUCCAGUCAGUCCAAGAGAUCUCUUAACAGUCAUCUUACAAGAAUGCUUCCAGCCAAAAACUGUUAAGAGUAAAAACACAAGAAUAGCAAUAAGAAAGGGGCUGUAUGUAUUCUUUCUAUUAUAGGUGUAUUUAAUUUAUUCUCUUAAUAAUUUAUAUAUAUAUAUUUUUUAAUCAAUAACAAGACACUCUUAAGGUGGCCCGGACCUAUUUAUAAGUGCGUUGGUUAUGUUUUUGGCAUCCUUAAUAAAGAAUGGUCAAACUUUAAGAAACUGUUAUUUAUUUUCUUGUAGGUAUAAAAACGUUUGAGAUAUCAGCAUAUGUUUAAAACCACAUUUUUGCAAAAAAUGUUGUUACACUGUAACUGCGAAACCCUGAGACAGAUUUUUCUCUAACUUCAGCAAAUAAGCCUCACAGCUCUCCAGUCUUAUAUCUGCAAGUUUGAAGUCAAUCGUGACCGUAGAACUUGCCGCACAAAUAGCUUGUCAAAUUUAACCUUAAAAUGCAACGCUAGCACAUUUGUGAAAGUUGAGGCGCAAAAAGAGGAAAACUGCCGACAGACUAUCUCUUAUAUGCAAGGGUAUUCUUGCCCAAAGCUUUCGUUACAAGAAACUUUGUAACCAGAAACCUACAGCGAAUACAGUUCACAAUGCAAGAAGAACAACUUUACGCUGAAUGCGGGCAAGAUGAAUGUAAAUAGGUUCGGGCCACCUUGAAGUGUUAACUCAAGGUUGCGUGGAGAUUCGAUAAGAAAUGAGGACGAGAUAAAUUCUUUAUUCUUCUACUGACUGCCUUUCAGUACGUAGAAUGGUCAGACUAAACUUAAACUGGAAAAAGAUUAUAGUUCAAUUGUUACAGUUUAUAAAUCUAAAGUGAAAAUUUCCAAUGAUGUCUAGGCAAUAACGCUGUAAUUUCAAGCUAUAUUCCACAAUCAAAGGCAAUACCACGAGACAAAGAUCAGACCUCUUUAAGCUACAACAUUAAGGAAACAUCAAUGAAGACAUCAGUAUGAAAAAGAAAUACACAUUUCCCAUACUAGAGAACUUCGAAAAUAAAUAGACUACUUUAAUUUGUAGACUACUACUAGUUUAAUUCCACUGGCCGCUGGAGUGCUGCAAGUAGAGCACG